AUGCCUGAUGCUACGCAUACACAAGAUACUGGCUCUGGCUCUGGCGCGAGGCCUGGGUUCUUUCACGGGGCUCAAAAUACAGACGCUAGGGGAGGCAACUUUGUCGACGUCGGUAGCCACUUUAGUGGAACCAUGACUAUCACAAAUAGCUAUCAGGUCGCUACCACCCCUAGCCAACGAAAUGAUGAUCCGAGGAGCUUGCCCCGGUUCAUCGAUCCCCACAUCGAUCUCUUAUCUCCUCACUUUACUGGGCAUGUAAAAGACCUGGAGCAACUGCAAAAGUUGUUUGAUACAAGCCAGGGUGACCGACCUACCCAAUGCGCGAUCUACGGAAUGCCUGGUCUUGGAAAGACUCAGCUGGCCUUGCAGUACGCCAAAACGGAAUAUGACAAUAAACGAUUCUCGCACGUGUUUUGGAUUUCUAGUACUACCGUAGAGAAGCUUCAAGAAGGCUUUGCUAGGGUCUUAUAUUUCACUGGGAAAUCGGAUUUGCAUCAGGAUCAAGAGGCAAAGCUGAUGUUCGUCCGUGACUGGUUUGAGAAAUCCGGUCCUUUAUCUUGGCUCAUCGUGCUCGACAAUGUUUCCAGAGACACAGUUAGAUUUCUCCGAACAUAUCUGCCUCACUCAAAUGCACAGGGAAGGAUUUUAUACACCACCCGAACUCAGCAUGUCGCAGACCUGGUGGCCCUUGCUGCAGGACAGCCGGAUAACGUUGUCCAUCUCGACGUGCUGGAUGUAAAGGAUGCAGCAACAUUGUUCCUUGCAAAUGCUCGCUUAUCUUCCAAUGAUUCAUCCUCCGCUGCUGCGGACGUAGUAGAGCAGAUGGUGAACUGCGUCGGACGGCUGCCGUUGGCCAUAGUGCAGGCUGCGUCUUUCAAGAGACAGUCGACGUACAGCAUAGAGGAAAUGUUGGUUUUAUAUAAAGAUUCCACCCAAAAAUCACAGAUGAUCCAGUGGGACAAUGAUCUCGACGAUUACGAGGCAAAGUCUGUUGCUGCUGUGCUUGGCAGUCUUCUGGAGCACGCAUUUCAAGAUACUGACACUAGGAAUUUUCUUAAAUUGCUUUCGUUCUUUGACCCAGAAAGCAUUGCUUUAAAUGUCAUCAUCGAGACUGCGAAGAACAUUACUGAAACCAAGCAUCAGAUAUCUGCAGAGGUAAUGGAUGCACAUCCCCAGCCUAAGGGUGGAAUUGUGCGAACUAUCAUGCACAAGCUGCAUAUAAAAACGGCAAAAGCAUGCCUGUGUCUGUCUUGUACUAGCAACAAUACCUUCGAAGAGACAGAGAUGGUCUUGAUCAAGAGCACUCUGAUAGAACAUCUCUCUGCUAUGAUAUGUUCUAUUGGUCUGCCUCGAGUCAUUCGACAGCUACAAGAACUGUCAUUGGUUUACUGUACUGGCAGUGUGGAUGCCACUGUGUUACACAUGCAUGAUUUAACCAGCUUUCUUGUUCGAGAGAUGACAAGAGUGGAUGGUUUAUGGGAGGACUUCUUCGACUGCACUGUCAAUUUCAUAGGGGUUGCUAUAGACAAUAUCUCUGAUUCUCGUUCCCCCAAAUGUUGGCCACAGUGUGCUCUAAUUGCUUCACACGUACAAUCAUUAGCAAACAUAGAAAAUAUACAGGGAGCAAACCAGAAGCUUCUUGGUGGGAGAUUUGUUUUGGCAGAAUACAUGUGUAGCCAAGGAAGAUAUAAGGACGCAGAGACACUAUACAUGGAAUUUCUGAAAAUCAAGCAGGAAACACUUGGUUCUGAGCACCCACACACACUGGCGACAAUGAACAACCUGGCAACAGUGUAUGAUUCACAGGGAAAGUACAUAGAGGCUGAGGCAUUGUAUGGGAGAGCUGUGGCAGGCCAGGAGAAACAGCUUGGUGCUGAGCAUCCAAGCACAUUGGGAACUAUGAACAAUCUGGCAUCAGUGUAUUCAUCACAGGGAAAGUACACAGAAGCUGAGGCAUUGCAUGGGAGAGCUGUGGCAGGCCAGGAGAAACAGCUUGGUUCUGAGCACCCAGACACACUGGGAACCUUGAACAACCUGGCAUCAGUGUAUGAUUCACAGGGAAAGUACACAGAAGCUGAGGCAUUGUAUGGGAAAGCCUUGACAGGCCAGGAGAAAUAG